AUGGUCUCUAGAACGGUCCUCAGCCGUGUUAUCAAGAGUGCUGCUCGCAACCCGCGAGCUCUGCGCGGGUUCGCGACAGCACACAACGCCCCCUCUUCCCCCUUCACCGAGGUCACCACCCUCCCAAAUGGUCUGACCGUCGCUACCGAGGCGCAGCCCCACGCCCAAACCGCCACCGUCGGUGUUUGGAUCGACGCUGGUAGCCGUGCAGAGACAGACAAGACCAACGGAACCGCCCACUUCCUCGAACACAUGGCCUUCAAGGGAACAGGCCGCCGCUCCCAACAUGCUCUCGAACUCGAGGUCGAGAACAUGGGCGCCCACCUUAACGCAUACACUUCGCGAGAACAGACUGUCUACUAUGCCAAGAGCUUCCGCAAAGAUGUGCCCGCCGCUGUCGAUAUUAUCAGCGAUAUUUUGCAAAACUCGAAGCUGGAGACGACUGCUAUUGAGCGGGAGAGGGACGUGAUUCUGAGGGAACAGCAGGAGGUGGAUAAGCAGCUUGAGGAGGUCGUGUUUGACCACCUCCAUGCUGUUGCAUUCCAGGGCCAGGCUCUUGGACGUACCAUUCUCGGCCCCAAAAAGAACAUUCUCUCAAUAAACCGCGAUGACCUCGCUUCAUACAUCAAAACCAACUACACUGCCGACAGGAUGGUUCUCGUUGGUACUGGUGGUGUCUCCCACAACGAGCUUGUUGACCUCGCCAAGAAGCACUUCUCCUCUCUCCCUGUCUCGCCCAACCCCAUCCCCCUCGGCCGUCUUGCCCACCCCAAGACCACCUUCGUCGGCUCCGAAGUCCGCAUCAGGGACGACACCAUCCCUACUGCCAACAUUGCCAUCGCCGUUGAGGGUGUUGGCUGGAGCUCCCCCGACUACUUCCCCAUGAUGGUCAUGCAGAGCAUCUUCGGUAACUGGGAUCGCAGCCUCGGCAGCUCCUCUCUUACCUCCUCCCGCCUGUCGCACAUCAUCUCGCAGAACAACCUUGCCAACUCCUUCAUGUCGUUCUCGACGUCGUAUUCCGACACUGGUCUGUGGGGUAUCUACCUCGUUUCUGAGAACUUCAUGAACUUGGACGAUCUCACCCACUUUACCCUCCGGGAGUGGACUCGCAUGAGCAUUGCCCCCACCACCGCGGAAGUCGAGCGCGCCAAGAGCCAGCUUAAGGCUGGUCUCCUGCUCGGUCUCGAUGGCACCACCGCUGUUGCUGAGGACAUUGGUCGCCAGCUCGUUACCAGCGGCAAGCGAUACACCCCUCAGCAGAUCGAGAGCGCUGUUGAUGCUGUCAGCGUUGACGACAUCAAGCGUGUUGCUCAGAAAUACCUUUGGGAUAAGGAUAUUGCUGUUGCUGCCCUUGGUCCCAUUGAAGGUCUCCUCGACUACAACCGUAUCCGCACCGACAUGUCAUCCAUGAUUUACUAG